CAGACCCCAAUUCCCUUUUCCCUCUCCCUUCACCCCCUCGCCAAGCUUUGCUUUGCUCAAUCUCUCUUGCAGCCUAGCGCCGCCCUGGCUGCUAGCUCAGCUAGCUGCUGUUGACCUAACUGUGUGUGGCCAACCUACCUAGAAUCUUUCUUGAUCAAACUUCCCUUUGGUUCCCUGUGCCCUGGAGAUUCUGUCCGUGAUCGAGCUUUGCAGUCAUCUUGCAUGCUCUGAUAUACGCUAGUCUUUCUCCAAAGCAAAACUCUGCCCGAAAUUUCGGUGCAAAACCUCGUUUUUCAGGGUGAAACUCCGCCCAAAUUUCCGGUGGCAAAAUCCUGCUGUUCAGGGCGACACUCUGCUGAAAUUUUCGGCCGGUGAACAGCGCUUUUUCAGGGCGACGCCCUGCUGAAAUUUUCACCAAGGAUUGUCGUCUUGGUGAACAGAAACUCUGCCCGAUAUUCGAUUGGAUUUCCUUGGUUUUUCUGGGGGAGAUUCUGCCGAAAUUUUCUGCACGUACGUGUACGUGUAUGCUCGUGCUGUUCCAACCUUGGUGUUUAUGAUAACAUCCACUGUUCUUGUUCAGUCCUUCUCCGUCGUCUUCCUCUACUGGUUCUACGUCUUCUCAUAAUCAACCCAAAUCACUCUACAAGAAUUUCCAACUGGUUAAUUACUCUUGUUAAGAAAUUGUUAGUGAAGUAAUUAAUCAAGUAAUUAAGUCUGCUUAAUUAAUCAACUACUACACAAAGAAAAAGAUCGAUGGCGUCUCCCGGCGUUGUGUGUACUACUGUAACGCCGACGUCGUCGGCCGGGUCGGACCAGGUCGUGGCCGGCGGCGGCGAGGCGGCGCGGCGGCCGGUGGCGCCGGCGGUGAUGGAGGAGCGGAAGCGGAAGCGGAAGGAGUCGAACAGGCUGUCCGCGCAGCGGUCGCGGGCGCGGAAGCAGCAGCAGCUGGACGAGCUGGCCGGGCAGGUGGCGGCGCUGCGCGCCCGGAACGGCGCCCUGGGCCUCGCCGCGCGCGAGGCGGCGCGCCGGUGCGCCGCCGUGCGCGCCGAGAACGAGCUGCUCCGCGCGCGCUCCGUCGAGCUCGCCGCGCGCCUCGACUCCCUCACCGACCUGGCGCAGUGCCUGCACGACGCCGCCGCGGCCUCCUCCUUCGCCGCCGCGCCCCCGAUGAUGAUGGCGGGCGCCGCCACCGCCUUCCCCACCGGCGCCGUCGGCGCCGCCGCCGGCUUCAUGAUGCCCCAGCUGCCGCCGCCGCUCCUCGACGCCACCACCAUGGGCAUGCAUUGCAACUACUACUACUAGUCUACUAUAGCUAUAGCUAGCGUGUCAAGUCUUCAUUAAGUUAGCUCUAGUAAGCUCUCUCUCUCUAGUCUCUCUACAUGUGUCCAAAGUGUUUGUGCCUCUUCUUUUGUGUUGUUAUUAGGUGACCUAAUCAAAGGGCAAGAAGGACAUUUCAUGUGUGUAUGAGACUUUAUUAUAAAUGUGAAAUGGACAUCAAGGACAAUUUUAUGUGGUUAA